AUGAGUACUAAAGAAUCCCAAGUUACAUUUACAUUUACAAACGAUAUAAUUAAGGAAGCCUUAAAAUCUCAAUUUUCAAACCCCAAAAACAAAAUAACUGAGGAAACUGUAGAAUUAAUUUGUGAUAUUAGUAAAGCCCUAGUUACUGAAGCAGCUUUACGAUCAGCUAAACAAGCUUCAAUGGAAAAUAAAAACUUGGUUAAUUUAGAACAUGUGGAAUCAAUAUUAUCACAGUUGAUGAUGGACAUGGUAUAG